ACUAUUUCAUCUCUGAAGCGGCAGAAUGUUCGAGCUAACGAACGUCGCGUCAGGUGGUCCUUGCCUUCACGUCGUGCAUUAAAAUCGUUUAUUGCACAGCCAGAACAGGUUGGCUAGCUGUGCAUUAUCCCUUAUGUAUUCACUCUUUAACAGCGAUUUUUACGGCAAUAUUGAUGUACCCAAAUUUAAAAUGGUCCCACACUAUCGAAUUCAGUCAUUUCUCUGGUGGAAAUAAAGGAUCGCUGUUUGGUUCCUCUGUCAUAGUUAAUCUAGUAGCCUCCGUGUCUCUGAUAAGCACGGCAUUUUAAGCUGGUGCACCGCUAGUGUAACUUUGUUUUCGUUUUGCUCAUGUUUCAACAGUUCCAUUCCAUACAACAGAAACACUCGGUGUAGCGGAGCCUUUACGAUUAAUUAACCGUGACGUUUUAAAGCGCGGUUAAUCGUAAAACCGGUAAAUCGCUGCAUCCCUAGUUCAGACAAGCCUAGUUUAUACUUGACACAUCUGAUGUGAGAAAUGCCUGGCUUCUGAGACUUUGUCUAAAAAGUACAGAGUGGUACCAAGUUGUUUGUCCUUCAACAAAAUCACAGACGAUAUCUGAUUUAGAUGUCUCUCUUGGCUAAAUGUUCACCAUCAGUCAGAAUUUUUUUGCCCAUUUUUGGUGAAUUUAUUGUGAGAUUUCAAAUUUGCCCAUGUUCUGGAAUGGUAUUCAUUUGCCCAGUUGUAAUCACAGCCUGCAUAAAUUCAGCUAUUUAAUUUUGGUUCUCUCUCUUCGCUGCCUAGUUCAAUUCACGCCACAUCCUGAUUAGUUUUGCCACUAUUUCCAGGUGAUUAAAUAACAUUUUAUUUCUGUACACGACGAUAAUGAGAAGCUCUUUUUCCAAACUGUCUUGACGCACAGAUGCAGCCUCCACAAUCCUGACAUUUCUUUGCCUCUUAGUUUGGGCGCAGUCUUUUGAUUGACAUGUGAAAGGUCACAGGACAGCGCUGUCUGCAUGCGGUGGCUCACAGCUCUGUGAGGGCUGCUCCUCUAGGUCUCUAGCUAUGCUGAGGUCACACCAUCACAGCGAGUGGAAAUGUAAACGACUUUGGCAGAGCAUGGCCCGUGUCAGUUACUCAUCCUCUGGCUGUCUGUCAAACAAGAUGUUUACUGUGUUGAUGAAGAGGAGGGUUAUUUCAACUGAGAGCUAUUUUAUGUUUUUUGCUGCUCUCAGAUCUCAAAAAUAAAGCAUCCGUGAUGCACUCGUCCAUACAGACGAGUUCUUCUAAACUAUGAAAAGGAGCACUUUUUAAUGAUCUAGAAUUGAACUUCCAAUGGCAGGGAGGGGUUAACAAUGGUCGGUCUGGUCUUUCUGCUCCCUCCUCUCUGUCUGCUGGUGGAGCAGAGAUGUUGUCUUCUCUGAGGGAGUCCCAGUUUCACUGGAGCUGCUGAUAGUGAAUGGCCAGCCCUGAAGAACAAGGUCCUUGUGCUUUUUUCACAAAGCUCUGGUGCUGCCAGGAGCCCACUUUGAGAUACUCUGAACGUGAUGCAGGACGGACAGACGGCAUGGCCUGCUUAGGACUGGAGACUCACAGCAUCUGCAGAGGAAACUUCAUACCAGGUUCUGCAGCUUGCUGCUCGACUCUGAGAGUUCUCCAGCUGAGGCUACAGCAGAGACGCACCCGCGAGCAGCUCGUUGAUCAGGGCAUCAUGCCACCCCUGAAGAGCCCUGCAGCGUUCCAUGAACAGAUCCGCAGCCUUGAGAGAGCCAGGACUGAAAAUUUCCUAAAGCACAAAAUACGCAGCCGCCCAGAAAGGGCCGAGUUGGUCCGCAUGCACAUUUUACAAGAGACGGUGGCGGUGCCUUCUCUGCAGGCCACCCAGCUGAAAUUGAAGAGAGCUCGAUUGGCUGAUGACUUGAAUGAGAAGAUUGCUCAACGCCCUGGCCCCAUGGAGCUGGUGGAGAAGAACAUCCUGCCUGUGGACUCCAGCGUCAAGGAGGCCAUCAUUGGUGAAAAUGCAAACUAUAUUAACGCAGUAAACUGGGAUGGUCAGAUGCAGUACCCUAGAACUCUAGAGGAACCAGCUGAUGAGGACAGUGGAGAUGCAUUUUCACCAGAGCAGCCAGCCAGUCAGGAGUCCCAGGGUUCUGCAGCCUCACCUGGGGAGGUCCGGGCCAUUGAAGUAUCCUCACCAUUGCCUAAUAACUUCUUACAGCACUUUCCUGCAGUGACCACCACUUCAACAGAUUUCCUCAAGCCUUUUUCCACCAAUGAGCAAUCAGUUUGCCCUCCAGCACCCAUGCCUCAGCUAGUCACUGUGGCCCCUGUGAAGUCUGGGCCCACCCUUGUAAAGCAAAGUCAGCCUAAGUUACCUGGGGACAAGAGCCGCAGUAAGAAGAGUAAGGAGGCCAAGCCGCGUGUGAAAAAGUUAAAAUAUCAUCAAUACAUUCCCCCAGACCAGAAACAAGAACCCAACCAAGCACCGAUGGAUUCCUCAUAUGCUCGUUUACUACAACAACAGCAGCUAUUUUUGCAGCUACAGAUCCUGAGCCAACAGCAACAGCAGCACUACAACUACCAGACCAUCCUUCCUGCACCUCUCAAGCCUGUGAUAGAAGGCCAAAACAGCAGUGCCACAGUGGCUAUCAACAGCACCAGCAGCCUUCCUGCCUCUAUUGUGGUGUCUCUGCCCACAGCAACACCUGUGCGGCCCAACAGCACCCUUUCCAACCGCAAGGCGGGCAUACUACCUGCCAACCUGGAGGAGAUGAAGGUGGCAGAGCUGAAAAUGGAGUUAAAGUUACGUGGUCUUCCAGUGUCAGGGACAAAAACAGACCUUAUUGAACGGCUUAAGCCUUUCCAAGAAAACAAUGCCUCUACUGCACCCAACAACUGCACAGGACCUAACACACAGCCCUGCAGCACACCUAUGGAGGUGUCCAGCACCACUACAACCCUAUCCCCCAUCCAACAGCCCUCUGAAAAUCUGAGCUCCACUCCACCUGUGUCUCCUGGUUCUUCAGAGCUUCACAGCAAAGAGGACGCAUCCAUGGAGGGACAGGCAGAGGGCCAAAACCGCAGUUUAGUAACGGUAGCGCCUGUUCCCGAGGAACGGGACCGGAGACUACACGAAAAGGAGCGACAAAUUGAGGAACUGCUGCGUAAACUGGAGCAGGAGCAGAAACUGGUGGAAGAACUGAAGAUGCAGCUAGAGGUGGAAAAAAGGAGUGGACAGGUUGUUCCACCUGCAGAAUAUAAUAACACUUCCAGUCUAGCCACUAUGUUGGCAUCUGUCAAAACAGAAAACACUGUCCCUCCUAACUGCACACUGAGUCCACACACUACGCCAACGCUAUUGAAGCUUGAGGAGGCCCAUCCUAACCAGGUGACAGCUACUACUCUCCGUCAGUUCAUUAUCAGCCACCAAGGAGUCCCACAGGUCAUAGGACAGCCCCAGACUCUUCUAACCACUCCGCAUGGGGGCACUCAGAUCCUUCUUCCAGUGCCCAUGGCAAAUAAUACCACUACCAUCCAGCUGCCCAACACUAAUGUCAAACUACAGCCAGUUUUGCAGGCUGUCCCUCCAUCAGUGCCAGGUAUAAUUCAGACCCCCCAAAUACAGCCCACCAAAGCAGAGAGUCCUGCAUCACAACAGCUGCUCAGUCAUAACCACAUAGUUCAGACCCUGCCUGUGGGCACCACAGAGAGGUCAGGCUUCCAGCACAGUACCAAUGAGAACCCAGCAGGCCUGGAGAUACCUCAGUGCUUCCUCAGCAGCUCCCCAGAUAACAGGAUCUCACCUCAGAUGUCCCUCGUCCCAUCAACCCUUAUCAAUGGGCCACUAAACAAAACAUCCUUCAUCCAGCAGUCCCCAGUUUUCAACCAGACGCCCAAGAACAGAGAACCGCCCCGCUAUGAGGAGGCCGUCAAACAGACGCGCAGCCUACAGAAUGCUGCUGUCUCAGAGAUUCCUACAGCAACGAGUCAACAGAUGGAUGAUCUCUUUGACAUUUUAAUAGAAAGUGGAGAGAUCACUCCCUUUAGUCAACAGGACCCAUCUGUGCCUAAGAUGAUGCCUGUCACGGCCAGCAUCACCACCCUGCCUAUCAACACCGCCCUGUCCCGUCCACCCGCUCAGGUGCAGAUGGCACCCCCGCCGGCACUCAUGGUGGAGCCCAUGCCCAGCCUGGCCUCCCUGGACUCCGACAACCAGUUGGAGGCUCUGCUGGAGGGCACGCUGGUUGGGGACACAGAGCCGGAGCAAAGGACUUUGGGCCUGCUGGAGGAGCUUCAAAACCAGAUACUGGAGCAGGCAAACUCCCCAAUGGACACAUCAGAGCUGGGCUUCACCGACCCGCCUGCACCUUCCUCCUCCGCCCUGUCCUUUAGUCUCCAAGACACUGGCCUGGACAACAUGGAUUGGCUGGACAUCACUAUGCCUGGGUCCAUCGGCGGACUCAAUCCAUUGGGCAUCACCUCUGAAUUCCUGGAUGCUCAUGAUCUGCAGCUGCACUGGGACUGACAGGAAUCGCUUCAAACACGGUUAUACUUUCACUCGCACAACAAGCCGUCUGUCUAUGGUGGAAGUAUUGAUCAUCUGUGUGGCAGCGGUUCACGUCUGGCAGCUUUAUGUGACUAGACUCCAGCUCAGCUGUACACUUCACUUAUGCUGGUUCUAAUCACCAUCUGUUCUCGUUCACCUUUUGAUCAGAAAAGACACAAGAGCCUUGUGGGUAAUGCUGGCUAGGGCUCUCUUUGGUGUGCCAUUCUGAAAGGGAGCUGCUUUUGGGCAGAUUGAAUUCUGCUGUGUUGCUAUUUUGGUUUUUUCAUUCAUGUGCUAUUGACAUCGGAUUGGUUGCAGUCAGGCCAUAAAUAUCCUCACAGCUAGUUUCAGCGAAGGGUAAGCUGUCGGUUCCAAAUGAUGUGGCAUCACAGUAGAGUUCACUCUGUUUGCACAAAAUUGAAAAUUGAGCCUUGAGCAAUGACGCCAUUAGCGCUCCAGUCCGUGAUCAUGAGUGUCUGUGUGGAGGAUGAGAAUGUCAGACUCAAUCUGGCAGUCAAGUCAUGUUUCCCAGAAUCCCCUUUUCCAGCACUGACUGCAGUAACAGCCUGGUGUCUGCAAGAUUCAGUGGCAAGUACACUACCAUUCAAAAGUUUGGGGUCAGUAAGUUUUUAUUUACUGAUUGUUAUUUAGCAAAGAUAUAAUUGUUUGAUCAAAGGGACAUAUAAUAUAUAUAUAUAUAUAUAUAUAUAUAUAUAUAUAUAUAUAUAUAUAUAGUGACGAGGUGGAAGAAUCACGCGACAAGGAGAGCUCAAAAUAAAUACCCGGAGGGUGGAUUUAUUCAAUUAAAGUGCAGUGCAAUAGGUGCAAGGUGGCUGGUGGCUGGUGGCUGAGGUGCGGUGCUCUCCGUGUGUGAUUCGUGCCGUGCGGUGACAAUUCCGUGGCUCCUUUUGUCAGGGCUGGGUCGGUCGGU